GCCCACAACCCUUCCUCAGGGGACCAUCAACAUGAACCAGUGCACAGACGUUAUAGACGCAGAGAGCCGCACUGGUCAGAAGUACUCUCUCUGCAUCCUCACCCCCGAGGAGCAUUUUAUCCGGGCCGAGAACAAAGAAAUCAUUAAUGGUUGGUUGGAGAUGUUGAUUGUGUACCCAAAGACCAACAAGCAGAAUCAGAAGAAGAAGAGGAAAGUGGAGCCCCCUACUCCGCAGGAACCCGGACCGGCAAAAAUGGCAGCAACCAGUACCGGGAUCCCUAGCGCUGAGAAGGUUCCAGCCACCAAAUCUACACUGUGGCAGGAGGAGGUAAAGGGCAAAGAUGGGCAAGACAGUAGCAGCAGCAGCAGCCCCAUGCAGAGCCCCAUUCAGGUGCCCUCUUCCCCGAGUGAGCCUCUACCGGACAACAAAGGAGAUGGAGGAAUGGUGAACGGAGACCGCGUUGACGGCGGACGUAAAACACGCGUGGAAAGCGGCUAUUUCUCCUUAGAGAAGACGAAAGAUUUGAAAACGGAAGAACAGCCUUCACAAACGCCUCCCUCGCCCUCAACGCCCGAUGUCCCCAGCAGGCGCUCUCUGGUUAUCGAGAAGUUUGAAGCUCUGGAUAUCGAGAAGGCA